CCUCUUUCUUGUUGAUUCCUCCCCCUUUAACUCAAACCGGUAGUGAAGCGAACAUUUUUUUUUGUUUGUUUUAUUCACUGUAUUCCCACUUUGUGCUUUAAUUUCAUUUAGUAUUUUAAGAAGAAAUGGCAAUUACCAAGGAUCACAUUCGGGAAAAGCUGAUAGCAGAACUUGGUGCAAUACACGUGGACGUAGAAGACACAUCUCCCAACAGAUGCGCUACAAGCUUUAAGGUGCUUGUAGUGUCACCUCAGUUUGAAGGAAAGCCACUGUUGCAGAGACACAGAAUGGUGAACACUUGCCUGGCUACUGAGCUGAAAGAGAUACAUGCUUUUGAGCAGAAGACCUUAACGCCAGAGCAGUGGGAAAAGCAGAAACAGCAGUGACAUAGACACAUACACACUGUUUGCAGUUUCCUCAUACUAAUGUUUGUUUGACCUUCAUUUUCAUUUAAAUAGUUCAUUUAAACACACUUUGCCUUUUUCAUCAGUGUGAGCUACAGUGCAAUUAGUGACAACAAAUAAAUGUUUCAUAUCAUCAUUUGUCAGCCUGGAACAGAUGUGAUGGUGUGACUUUUAUUUUCAUUUUAGCCUAUUUGAUCUUUGAGGCUCUGUGCUGUCAGUGAACCAUUUGUGAUGCAUUUAAAUUGGAACUUUUAAUGAAUUCAUUCAUCUUCUGUAAACACUUUAUCCUGGUGGAUCUGGAACCUAUCCCAGGAUCUCAAUCUGGGUUGCUAGUCUAUUGCAGCAUCACAGACACACACACACACACACACCAUACUCACACAAAUUUGCACAUUUAUUCAAAGUUUAGAAUCACUAGUUAACCUACUAGCAUCAUGAUGGAAGGUUGAGGGAAACCUGAGCUCAUGAUUUGGUCUACACUGGUCAAGCAUAACAUUAUGACCACCUGCCUAAUAUUGUGUUGGUCCCCCUUUGCUGCCAAAACAGCACUGACCUGUCGAAGGCUUGGACUCCACUAGAUCCCUGAAGGUGUGCUGUGGUAUCUGGCACCAAGAUGUUAGCAGCAGAUCCUUUAAGUCCUGUAAGUUGCGAGGUGGGGGUACACUUUUUGAUAGAUACUGACCACUGCCGACCGGGAACACCCCACAAGAGCUGCAGUUUUGGAGAUGCUUCGAUCCAGUCGGCUAGCCAUCACAUUGGCCCUUGUCAAACUCGCUCAAAUCCUUACGCUUGUCCAUUUUUCCUGCUUCUAACACAUCAACUUUGAGGACAGAAUGUUCACUUGCUGCCUAAUAUAUCCCACCCACUAACAGGGGCCAUGAUGAGGAGAUAAUCAGUGUUAUUCACUUCACCUCUCAGUGCUCAUAAUGUUAUGCCUGAACCCUGUUGUGGCCUGAGUCCAGGUUCAGACUCCAGGUUCCAUUUGACUUUGUGUAGGAUAAACCCUACAGAAAUUGGAUGGCUGGAUGGUUUUCAGUGUGUCACAAAUCUAAUGUGUGGGAUCAAAAGAAAGAAAUCUAGGAAGUUACACUACUUUUGUCAUUUUAAAAAGCAAUUGCCUUCUGAGGCAUGCAUUAAAGAUUUUCCUUUACACUGUGGAACGUUUGCCAUAUGUCUCUAACAAAACGCUGUUUAUUAUGUUUCAAAUAAAUGGAACGGCUCAGUGAAA